AUGCGAGAAACUGCGAUAACCAAUGGUCUCGGAAGUCAGCCGUCUACGCCAACAAGUCUGGAAGACUCCUCUGGUGAAGGAGCUUUAGUGCCAUUCCCAGAACACGAGGGCUACACUCUUCUCGACAAUUCCGCCGUUGUCAACGGAGAUUUCAGCGAUAACGAAAGUUCGGACUCGUGUGCUGAUCCACUAGGCGAUGCUACUGUUGAUGAGGAGCUCCGGCGAGUACUCGACUCGGAUGGAGUUGCGCUUGGAUCCUUCCCCGCUUCGGAGGAACCCGAACUCCCGGAUGAGUCGUCACCUGCUCUUUUGUGGAACGCACCUCGAUCUGCAGAGGAUCGACGAAUUCCCCUUUCAGAUGAAAAGGCUGCAGAAAUUAAAGCAUCCCUAAGCGGCUUCGAGCUUCCCGACUCAGGACUCCCAGCCUGGGCAAAACAGAUCCCUGAGGAGGUGUGGAAGCAGAGGCUCCUCGAACGGAUAUCGAUGUCUCCCCUCACGAAGUAG